AUGAAUAAUAUUUAAAUUCAAAAUCGAUUAAAUUCCUUUUGUGUAACAUCAUAAAGAAAAAGAAAUACAUCCUAAUAUACAUAACAAUCAUAAGUGGUUGUGAAAAAUAAAUGUGUAUAAUUUUAAAAGAUGAAAUAAAAUAAUCUGCUUGAAUUAUUACUAAUGGACACUGGAACAAGAAUGCCUUCUCCAAUUUCUAGUUAAAUAAGUGUUGGUAUAGGAAGAAUUCCAAAGGAUUUUUUUAAUUGA